AUGAAUCCUGCGUCACUUCUGCCUCCGGUGGUAAAUGGAAAUUUUGGCCUCUGCAGCUGGUAGUAAAUUAGAUUCACAUGACAAGUCAGGGAGUAGAUGCUUCCUAACUCGUUGCCCUUGCACUGCAAACACAGUCAAAACACACAUCUACUGUGCAUGUGUGUGUGUGGGAGGAAACUUGUGUAAACUUCCUCUUUUAAGAGAGGAGAUUAUUCCGGUCCGUUGAAAAGCAUUUUCUACUUUCCUACUACCAGAGCGUAACCCUGCUGAUUGUUCUGCAACAAGGUAAAUGCAGCCUAUUUCUCCUUACCUGUGAUCAUGUAUUGAGGCUGUUAGCUGCAUACCAAAGUUAAAGGUUAAGUGCUGUGGGUGGAUGGGGUUUAUAAGAGGGAAGGAAAGAUUUGCUGAAAAAGAGAUUGGAGGGAAACAAGUUGCAGUAAGGUGUCAUCUUUCUCUCUACUCAUGAAAGUGUUUUAGCUCAAAUGCAGCUCACUGUGUUGAUUUUCUAGGUGAGAACGGGGGGAAAUGAGCAACAUUAAAAGUCCAUUUCUGCAAGAGGAUGAUGCCAGGGCUUGUGCUCGGGGGCAUUUGCUUUGUCUAGCUUUCGUCUUGUCAGGAUUUGUGCCGCAGGUUUAAGAUUGUCUCGCUGGUUUGACACAGUUCCUGACAGACUUCGAUCAAAACGCUGUUUGUUCUGAUGUAAGAGGCUAAAAUAUUCUGCAACUCAAGGCUAGUUUCUAAAAAAAACCCAAGACAGAAUUGCAGGUGUUUUGUGUGGGGAUUUGACUCAGAGUAUACAGUGAAUACCAAUUUCUCAGAACUGUUUUCAAUAUGUAUUUAAAAUUUGAUGACUCAGUGGCAGAGUGCAGAGAGUAAGAGCACUUUUAGACCGUAGCACUGGCUCUAGAAGACCAGAUGGUAUAUAGUCGAUUCAUAACUCAUAAAUUAGCUGUGAUUUUAUAAAAAAGGGAGUAAGUUUAGUUAAUACAUGAAGCCUAAGCAGGAGAAUAUGCAUGUACGGUGUUAGAGAUGCAGUAAUUAUAUAUUUACACUUCAUUUUUGUUGAACAGCCAACAUUAAAUCAUUUGGACUAAUUGAUUAACACCACCAAAGACAAAAAACAACAACAACAAAUCUGUUAGCUCAUAAUAAAUGGUAAAAAGAUUCAUUUCCUUACAUUUGCAGGAUGCUCAUUUUCUGUGCUGUGAUGCUCUUGACCUCUUUGGAUCUUGGCUGCUCGUCUUCUUCUUCUGCUUUAAAUAAAGCGUGGGCAGAGUGGAAAAUGAAACACAGCAAGGUUUACGAUAACCAGGUAGGACAGUGCAAACUUCUUUCCUCUUUACUUUUGUCUAAACACAUGAAUUCAAACAAAUCACUGAGUCCGUCUUCAUCUAGACUGAGACUGCCUACAGGAGAGCUGUUUGGGAGAAGAACCUGUUCUUGGUGAUGAGACACAAUCAGGAGGCCUCCGCAGGAAAACACAGCUUUACGAUGGGACUCAAUCAUCUGGCUGACAUGGUAUGAAUCUGAUCUACAGUGACAGGUUCUUGUUUUCCUGCACUAGAGACUGUCUUUACACGUGACACCAUUAGUAAUGUUUACAGUUUACAAAUACUGUGUUUCUCUAUGGGGUAAAAUGUGUUUGAAAGCGUACCCUUUUUGGCGAUCUAUCGAGGGUUUCCAGGCAUUUCUAAACCGGCCACAAGGUUUACAAUCUAGAGACAAAAACAGGUGUUUGAUCUGAGACUUUUAAUGGUAAUUCCAUUGUGACCUAUCAGUGAAAACAUGAUUAUUUAUGGUAUUGUUGUGAUUUUAAAAAAAUUGAUAUCACUCAAUAACUGCUUCUGGACUUUUGUUUUUUUUGGUUGACUUUUAUGGUGCUGAAUCUACUUUUACUUUCAUUUUACGUCAUCUUAGCACUAAAAAAAACUGCCAACUGAGGUUGUCCUGAAAAAAAGAUGUGUAUAUAUUUGUUGUGCUUAAAAGGAUAGAGUUACUAUGUAGAUUUUUAAAACAAAUAAAUAAAUAACCUAAAUCAAAAAUAGCAAAAUAUAGGCUGGAGUUUUAAGAGUUAAAGGGGGUGCAAGAUCAGGCAGGCAUGUCUCAAAUCCUGACCUGCUGAUGCAGAACAGGUUCUGGAUGUUAGCUGGUGUUUGUCAUUGCAUCUUCACCGUCUUAUAUCUGCAGCAACAAGUCCAAAAAAUUAUCAAAGUCUAGUUUUAAGAUGUCUCUAAUGGCAUAACAUACACUUGAUAAUAUCUAGUAGAAUUUAACCAAAAAGCGGUUUACAGAAAAACUUGUGGUGUUUUCAGUGGGCUUCAGUGGGUGUGAAUUUGACACUUUUUAAGCCUCCGACAGCAGAAAAGUUGACCGUCAGUGAGACGAGAAAAAAAAAGUUAUCAGCAGUUUUUCCCAGUCACCGGAUACAACCACCUCUGCUGCCCUCAAGCUCGGUAUAUUCGCAUAACUCAUGACCAUCUUCUUGUUAUCGAUCAAAAACUUUUUGUUCUUGUUGUUUUUAAGACUCGACUGUUUUUGCCCUCCUACUACUUUGUUACAUCAGCUUUGACCUUAAGCAUGUUCUUGUGCACACUUGUCUCUGUUUUGCUCCUUGUGUCUUCUGCCAAAUACAAAACUUCAAAACACUUUGAUUUUUUUUCAAGAGUUUUUCAUCUGCUGGGGCCUCAUGGUUGAGCUUAAAUGUGAAUACUAUCUACAGACAGUAAACAUUAGAACUAGGUGGGUCCUGUGUAGGCGACAUUUACCUUCUGGGGCCAACAAGAGCCUUUAUUAAACUCAAAGCAGGUUAACCAAGCUAGAUCCUCCAUGAAAGCUAAAUAUGUUUGGCCCGAGGCAUGUUCCUUACGCACUUUCACUAUGAUACACAACUCACCAAAGUAGAUUUGACAAUAAAAAAAUAUCUUACAAACAAGAUAAAGGCGGUGUUGUCCUGCAGGAUGGAGCUCUAGGAUAUUUGAACAGAAAUGUGUCAGAGAGCCCUCUGGUGGACAAAAGCUCAGAGACAGCUCUGAUCUGAUGAGGCCUGGACUCCAGAAACCCUCUGAAGGUUUGCUCUGGUAUCUGAUACCAAGAUAAUAACAGCAGAUCCAUUAGGCCUGUAAGUUUGGAGUCAGAGCUUCCACGGUUUGUACUUGUUUGUGCAGUGUACAGCAACUCUGACCAGUUUAUCAGAACCAGCAUUAAAUAUUUCAGCAGUUUGAGCUCCUGGCUCUUCAGUUGAAUUGAACACAGACCCAACUUGAAUACUCCACAUGCACAUCAAUGAAUCUAAGCUACCCAUGACCUUGUAGGUGGUUCAUUGAUUUCAUCUCCUUAGACCUCCCCUGUUAGGUACAAGUCCCUGAAGACAGAAAAAAACCACAAGGGCUGCACUUUUUGAGAUUCUCCAACUCAGUCAUCUCACCGUCACAUUUCAGCUCCAGUAAAAGUUGCUCCCAUCUUUCUGCUAUCCCAUUUUUUCCUGCUUUUAACACGUCAAGUUCAAGUUGGGAAGACAUAACCUGCUGUAACGUUAUUGUAGCGACUGCUUUCCCUCAACAAAAAGGCCGCUGGGGUUUAGGUGCGCUUGCAUCUGUGACUCGUUCAAUUAUCAGUCCGGUUUGAGUGUUAAAAGUGGUUUAUUGAUCCAAAAAAGAAAAGGAAACGCACUGAUCCAGGUCCAAAACUUGUGUGAUAUGAUGAAAUGAGGUUAAAACAGUAUAAGUGAAACGGUCAACAGAAAAUUAUCAGAGCUUUCCACAACCCAUUGUCCAACUGCACCAGUGAGAGUCUGAGGAUCAACACCCCUCAAUGUCGAUCCCCGUAAGUGACAUACCUAGUAGAAAUCAAACUUUGAACAAAUAUAUUUUGGCUCCUACAGUUACGGUUGUUACAGCAGGCAUGUGUUUUACAUAACAACCCUGCAUUCAUACUCACUGACCUCAUCUGGUGCAAGAUGCAUGUCACCAACCAACAUUGUUAAUCUACAUUAACCCUCCGUACAACCCCUGCUGCUUGGGUUAAACCCAAACCUAUAGAGCAGCUCUAAUCUUCUCUUUAAGCAUCUGAUUAAUUUAAUCCAGCACGCCACGGCCAAUCUGGACAAACAGGACAUAAAGUACAUCCCAAAAAAGUUACGUAAACAUGCCUGUACAUGAACAAAAUGUACAAAAUGACUGAAACGAGCUGUGCUGUAAAACUAUUUUGUGCAUUUCAUUCAGGGUGUUUAAGAUAUAUAAUAUAUUUUGAUCACCGUCAGAUUAAUGAAGGACGAAUUUUGAAUAUCCCGCACAUAAAGCAGGGAGUAAAAGUGUAGAAGGUAGCAGAGGACAACUUGUAACGGUCUCUUUGCAGGUAAAAAUAAGGCUGAAUGACAUGUUCUCUAUUUGGUAGGGUAAAAAGGUUUAACAGUGAAAAUAAAACUCUGAUGAAAGUCAAAUUUGACACCAGCUUGUUGCAGAGGAGGGUAACGGGACUUUGAACCCAAGCUGAAAAGUGGUGUGCUGAUUAUAAUAAAUGAAAUUUUAAUGAAGUUAGACCUUUUGCUCUUUUUUUCCAAAGCAGAAGAGGCUAAAAUUGUUAAGAUUCAAAGGAACUCGUGAUUAAUUUGGUGAUUAUUAAAGGCUGAGAGACUCUGAGUGCAAAACAAGAUCUGCUCCCAAAGUUGCAUGACUUUAACUUUUUGCAAAUGGGUCAGUAAGGGGGUGUUUUAUUCUGAGUUUGAUGAACUGACACUGUUUUUGAAGAUGAGCUGACUCAUCUUUAAUUAAUGUUUCCCCUUUAUGCAAAUUCAAUAUUUUCCAAAAAGACAGCUGAGGAGGUCAACGAGAAACUCAAUGGUCUGAAGCUGGAGGAGUUGACUCACCUUAUGAACGGCACCUUAAAGGAAGUGAACAUCUCAUCGAUCCCUCAGACCGUAGACUGGAGGAAGAAUGGUCUGGUCAGCCCCGUUCAGAACCAGGUAAACAAUCAUUUUAAUGUGAAGACUCUGAUAAAUAUCAGUUUGUUGGCACUGAUGGUGAUAUUAUGGCUUUUAGGGGAUGUGUGGGUCAUGCUGGGCCUUCAGUUCUCUGGGGGCUCUGGAGGGUCAAAUGAAGAAGCAGACAGGGGCGCUGGUUCCACUGAGUCCACAGAACCUGGUGGACUGCAGCAUCAAGGAUGGGAACCACGGCUGCAGAGGAGGAUUCAUCUCCAAAGCAUUCGGAUACAUCAUCCGCAAUGGGGGCGUUGACUCAGAGAGGUUCUACCCUUACGAGCACCAGGUGAUCCUCAGACAGAGAGAGAGACAGAGAGAGAGACAGAGAGAGAGAGCAGGAGGAAACUGUCAGGGUUUUUAGUCAACAUAAACCGAGCAACAUAAACCGAGACCACAAGGAUCAUGAAUGCAAAAUAAUAUAAAAAGAUUGGGAGCUAGAAGCUGUUGGGUGAUAUAAAAACGACAAUAAAAACAAUACAACACCACAUAAAAGUCGGUUUUAAGAGGUGAUUUAAAAUCCGCAAACAAAUCAGAGUUUGUCCAACAAGAGAUUUACCAUCUAAUAAAAACAAAUCAGCAGUAUUUUAGCUCAGCAGCUGUAAACUGAUUGGAAAACAAUUGAAGAUAAAAUGCAUCAUACUGACAUUGACACAAGGCACAUUAUUUGCCAGUGGACUAAUGUCUAUCAACAAGGCAAAAACAGUCAACACCAAUGUCCAAAUAAUACAGCAACCCCUACACAAUUACUCUUAUUGCAACCAAGCAGUUUUGGAAAAAUAUGGAAAAUAAAAUUUUUUUGUUUUGUCCUCACUGUCACAACUGUCAUGGUCCAGAGUAAAAACAAAAAGGGAAGGACCAAAAUUGCAGAGCAAAAAUGAUUAAUUCAAAAUUAACUAAAGAAAAAAGCAAAAAAAAAACUUACUUCAAAAGUCCAACUCAAAAAAAAAAAAAAAAACAAGAGGCAAAAUCCAAAUGAACCAAAAAUCCAAAAUUCAACAAAAGACUCUGGGAGGAAAAUUCACAAGGAGACACUGGGGAUACUGGUAUGCAGACAUACAGACACACAAACAUACCACACACAAUGAACCAAUACUGAAACACAGGUGCAGACAAUUACAGAGGAGGGAAAACUGAGGAAGUAACACUUGACUAGAAACACAAGGAAUAAACUACUACAAAAUAAAACAGGAAAUGCUGAAAACUGAUGUUAGCAAUAAAACACUGAGAACAUGAGGGAACAGGGGUCAGACACAAACUGAAAACUCACAAGACACGACUACAGGGGAACAGAAACAAUAGGAAAAAUCACAAAGAAAAUACACUCAAGGGAAACACAAAACCAGGGAAAAACGAACUCAAACGGAACAUAUCAUGACACUCACAUUCAUAAAAAAUGUAAAAAUUUUCCACUAAAAUACAGUCACCAAAAUCAGGUUAUGAGACAUUAAAUUAUACUAUUAUUAUUCAUACCACCAUGCACAGAACAAUAUGAUUUACUAAUAUAUACAAAUGUGUUGAAAUAGCACUUUUCAGAAAUACAGAAUAUGUAUAACAAUUAUAAGAGCCAUUCAGUGCAUAUACUAAACAUGAUUUUCUUUUUUUCUGUAGAAUGGAAAAUGCCGCUAUUCUGACGCAGGAAAAGCAGCUUACUGCUCCAAAUUCCACAUCCUGCCACAUGGAGAUGAGAAGGCUCUGCAAGCCGCUGUGGCGUCUGUUGGACCGGUUUCUGUGGCCGUGAAUGCCAUGCUGAGAUCCUUUCACUUGUACAGAGGAGGUGAGAUUGGGAGACUCCUGUGUGUAACAUGUGUUCAGACAUCCUGCAGAUAUUAUCUUUGCCGCUCAUAUUUAGCUUUGACCUUUUCAAUUUACACAGGAUCAAAUAAAUAUGCUUGAUUCUGUCUUUUGCUUCAAAAUAUUAUUUUAUUAUUAUACACUAUCAGUGAAGUUAUUUCAUCUCAGAAACUGCACUUAAAGCCCUUUUCUGCAGUAAGAUCACACACUACAACACUGGAACUAAACACAAACACUAAUUUUGGAUAAUUUUAACAUCACUGACGAAAAUAUUUUAGGAACCAAAACAGAUUGGAGGUAAAAUGAGGUUAUGUUUUGAUAUGCCAUACUUUUGCUUUGGACGUAGGAAUAACCAUGAAACUUAAGUCUGAAUAACACUUUUAAAGCCACUAUAAGGAGCUUUAAGCAGGUUAUGAAUGAACUGGAAUCAAUGGUGAUGCUUCUUUAUGACCUACAAAAGUAAACAAGAACAUAAAUUAGUAGGUUUUGUCAGAAAACACUCAGCAUAGAGGACAAGAUCAGCAAAGAAACAAGAGUCUGCUUUGUCCAAAGUAGUUGCCAAAAUUAACACAAGCAGAAAGUUUCUCAAAACAGCUUUAAGUGAAUUUGUGUGAUACAGAAAUUAAACAGCAUAAAUGAAAUCUUAUCCUUUCAACUUUAUGUGUUUUUCAGGUUUAUACAAUGUUCCAAAUUGCAACCCCAGGUUCACCAAUCACGCCGUUUUGGUCGUGGGCUACGGCACAGACAGAGGUCAAGACUUCUGGCUCGUAAAAAACAGGCAAGUUUGUCUCUGCUGGCUAAAUUUCUUAAUAACUUAUCCCAAAUGUGAAAGAAAAAGCAUGACUUCAUUUGUAUGACAGAGAUUUGAUUUGCUUUUCUGAUUGUAGCUGGGGAACUGCGUGGGGAGAGCAAGGCUUCAUUCGAAUUGCUAGAAACAAGAAAAAUCUCUGCGGCAUCGCCAACUUCGCGAUCUACCCUACGCUGUGA